AUGAAUAAGCUUUUUUCCACAGUUCUACGAACGGUUCCAUUAUGUCGGACCCUACCCAGUGCUCAAUCGUUUCACAUUCUUGGCAAACGGUUCAGCUACAAAAGCGAUCUUGCCCUGGAAACGAUCUAUCCCAACAGCAGCCUUCGAUUGUACACACCACCACCGCCGGCACCUAAACCUGACGGAACAUUUAAUGGAUACAUCCCCCUGGACAAGGUGAACAUCUCGUACAGUCGCAGCAGUGGUCCCGGCGGACAAAAUGUGAACACCGUCAGCACGAAAGUGGAUCUACGAUUUCACCUGGAAACAGCAACCUGGUUGUCGGAAAAUGCUCGCAAUCGGUUAGCUCAGUUGCAAAGGGGACGAAUCACGAAGGAUGGAUAUCUCGUAAUCAAAAGCGAGUUGACCCGUUCCCAGCAGAUGAAUACUGCGGAUGCGUUGGAAAAGCUACGCGCGUUCAUACGACAAUCUGAGCAGCCGAUCACGACUGAACCAUCGGCGGAAACGGUCGAAAGACUACGCCGAAGGCACGAGAAAGCUGCCCGAGAACGAUUGGCCAUGAAGCGAAAACGUUCCGAUACGAAGGCUCAGCGUCAAGCGCCUUUAUAA